CCCGCAGGCUCGUUGCCAUUCAUCCUCGCAGGGGUAAACACCCCGUUCGUACCGCCUGCUUGCCUCGUCGCGUUCGAGCAUCAAUGAUGCCGGAAGGUCAGGUAGCAGUCGUUGAAAUUGGCUGUGGAACUGACAUGCAUGGACAAGACGCUAAUGUUGCUGCUACCCGAGCGUGUCGAAAUGCCAUUGGGUUCAACUCGUUGCCGGGGCUAAGUCGUUUGCUCCCCGAUGGUGAUUUGUCGAAGAUGAAUGUCCACGUGCGGUUGGGUGUCCCCGAGCCUUAUGUGAAAGAUGUCGAUGAACAGCGAGUCAAAGAUCAGUUCCCGUAUGGUACUGUUUCUGUCGAAGUUGUAGCUGGCGGUUUAGCUUGCGGUAGCGGCGUUGUCUUAGCGGAGCAAGGGGAUGCACCUGACAAUGAUACGGCUCUUGUAGUAGUCGCAGCGGUCUCCGUGUUCUGCUAGCUCGACGACAGACGUAUUCGGCUUGACGUUUGCUUUCAUGGAGGACAACUGCUAAGAUGCAUCUCGAUCGCACGCAACAUACGAGAUCCGGCAUUUGGUAGGGUUUCCGCCAGUGAGGUGGCUGUUAGCUGCUAACGAUACAUCCAGCCGAUCAGGUUGGUCGUCGAAUCUAGAACACAUUUGCAUAUUAGGUAAUAUUCCUAGCUAUACAUGCCUGGACUUCCGUAUCGAUGUAAGCUGGCGACAUCAGAUUCUCGCGUUUCGCAAAGAGCAGGGUGCGGCGUAGAAACAUUCUUUAACUGUCAUCAAAGAAGGCAGCUAAGAAUCCAUAAAAUGAAAGAGCGGCGUAUAUCCACCGUCGUAUUGUGAGGAUAAGAACGAGCGCCGGCAAGCCCUAACGCAUAGACAACGAUGGCACUGCGAAGGAAUAACAAG